AUCGUUCAAGAUCAAGAGAGACGAUUAUUUUCUUAUUUUUGCAAUGGCCAAGUUAACCAAUAAAUAGUUUGCACCAAUCCCGAUUCCCACCAGUUUUAAUUUGAUAUUUACCGGAGGAGUUCAUGAAAAAAAUCAUAUUAUGUUCUCGGUUAACUUCGUUGUUUUAUUACUACUCGCAAUAGUGGCCUCCACUAACGGAGCCAAUAUACUGGGGCUCUUUAGCAGUCACAGUCCCUCGCAUCUGAUAAUCCAUAUGUCGACGGCCAAAGCCUUGGCCGAGGCAGGACAUAAUGUUACAGUGGUGUCAAUGCUGAAGCCCAAGGUAAUGCACAAGAACAUCCACCUUAUUGUGGUUCCGAUGAAGCAGGAACAGGAGCUCAUUGUGAAUAGCCAAAUGACCGAAAUGGCCGGGCAGAAGAACUCCAUUAUUAGCACUUUGAAUCGAUUCCUGAACGGCAUGGAUGUCUUAAUCGAUUCCCAGGCUGAUCUAGUCUCUGACCCGAGGUUCAUGCGCAUUUACGAGACCAAAUUCGAUUUGAUGAUACUGGGUUACUUCCUCAACGACUUCCAAUUGGGAAUUGCAGCCAAGCUGAAGGUUCCUGUUAUUAUUGACUGGAUGAUUCCGUCCAACAACAUGGUUGAUCAGUUAUUAUCUAAUCCAUCGGAGAUCUCUUAUGUGCCUAAUACAGCCACUUCUGCCGAGCUUCCCAUGACCUUCCUAAAACGGGUUGAGAAUAUGAUCAAUCACCUGCUUCUCAAGUACUUGGCCUUACAAUUCGAUUACAAAUUGACCCGAAUUUAUAAUGAAAUCUUUACGGAAAAAGACAUGCCAACCCUGAAUGAAAUGAGAAGGAAUAUCUCACUUGCAUUUGUCGGCUCCCAUUUAAAUAGUGAGGGUCCCAUUCGACCCCUGGUGCCUGGCAUUGUUGAAAUUGGAGGUAUACAGGUGAAGGACGAGGCGGAUCCUCUGCCAAAGGAUAUUGAUCAGUUUCUGAGUAACUCUUCCCAAGGAGCUAUCUUCCUCUCAUUUGGUUCCAACAUCAAGAUCUCUUCGGUGAGCACGGAAAUUGUCCAGACUCUCUUUAAAGUCUUAUCGGGACUGAAAUAUAACGUUAUCUGGAAGUGGGAGGACCUGCAGGACACACCCGGAAAUUCAUCAAACAUUCUCUAUAAGAGCUGGCUGCCCCAAGACGAUAUCUUAGCCCACCCAAAAAUAAAACUUUUUAUUACACAUGCCGGAAAAGGUGGCAUUACUGAAUCCCAGUAUCACGGAGUUCCAAUGGUGGCUCUACCCAUUUUCGGGGAUCAACCCCGAAACGCUGCUCUUAUGGAACAAUCGGGAUAUGGCCUGUCCCUCGAUUUGCUUUCUAUAACGGAAGAAAGUUUCAGGAAAGCCAUUACAGAAGUCUUGGAAAAUGAAAAGUAUAGCCAAGCAGUUAAAAAAUUCUCCACCUUGUUCAGGGAUCGGCCCCUAACCGCUAAACAGACGGUGGUUUUCUGGACGGAGUACGUCUUGAGGCAUCGUGGUGCUUCGAACCUUCAAAGUCCAGCAGUGCACAUGAGCUUUAUUGAAAUACACAACCUGGAUAUCUACGCUCUUAUAUUAGCUAUCCUGGUCUUGUUUGUCCUCCAACUAGUUGUGUGGGGAAGGCAGCUGGGCAAAGCAAAAUUAUCAAGGGCAAAAAAAAUCAGUAAACUAAGUUAAGGAUGCUUGUAGUAGUAAAAAUAGAUUUAAGAAGAGUAAAUGUACAAAUAACGCAAAUCGCAUAUCUAAUAAAUAAGUGUGCUCAUUUUUA